GCUUGCACGGUGGGGUUGCUCGGUGGUACAAGAGCACGAGGGUACAAGGAGCAUAAACAGAGACGAGUGAGAUAGAGUGGAAUAACGUGGAGGAGGCUAUAGUCGUAUAGACCAUAGCAUCACAGAACAGUUUCACCGAGUGAGAGUAUAUAUAUAUAAUAAUAAUAAUAGUAAAAAGAAAAAAAAAAGAAGAACGAGAAAACCGGACAGGUGGGGGUAGUGGGUAGAGAAGGAGACGAGGAGAAAGAAGAGGAAGAGAAAUUGGAGGAGCAGAACAGAACGAAAGAGAACAGACGAGAGGACAGAGGGAUAUAUAGUAGUGGAAGAAACUGAAAACACAUGAUGCACGGUGGUGACUGUGGCCCAGGGGCACAGGGCUGAGGGCUUUUUGAGGGCCCAGAUACUGCCCGGCAGUGCACAAUCACUUUCGCGAAAUUCCGACUAAUUACCAUAAAAUAAUAAUUAAUAUUAAAUAUAAAAAAUAAUAGAAUUAUAAUAAAUUAUACAUUGACAUAUCCAUAUUCACAUGCAUGAUAUGUAUGUACAUAUGUGUAUGUUUAUGUAUACGUAUUUAUAUGAGAGUAUUAAAAUAAACGGUUUAUUUAAUGGAGAGAGUAUCUUUUGGUUUUUAAAUCACUCGGCGAUAACCACUGGUGCAACAUCAUUGGUGCUACGAUGGAACAGGGUAAAGUGACUACAUCGAGGUUAUUUACAACAUCCUGCAUUGAGAACAAGGACGAGUUGGAGGAGAAAUUUGAAAGAUGUUACACAGUGCUACAGACCCUGACGUCGGGUCUCACAGAGAAAGAAGUUCACGAUACCCUAACAAACGCAGUUUGCAAAGAAAAACCCCACGAGGAAGUGUCUCUGGGUCUGCUCGUGGUGAUCCUAACAGAUCCUCAAGAAGCAGCAAAAAGCUAUCGAGACCUAACUCUGAUAACACGUGACGGUCUGGGAAUAGUGGUAGCCCACUUGAAUCAAUUGGUACUCGAGCGUUAUCUUCGCCUACACGACACAGGUCGAGGUCAACUGCUGUGGCUUCUCCGGGAGAUGAUUCGAACAAGUAUAGCCGGAAUCGACAACUUGUGCCUGAGUCUGUUGAGACAUGCAGCUGGUGGUGAUACAUCAGUUCGCAAUCUCUACUUAGUCGAAGCCCUUCUGGAAAUAUUCCAAGAGUGUCGUGCAUGGCUCGACAAAUUUCCCUUCCUCGUUGCCUCAAUCGUCUACACCUAUCUCCGAUUAAUUGAGGACCACAGUGCCCCUCAGUUAAUAGUCCUCAGACAGAAGGAAAUAAUAUUCACAGUUUCUCUUCUUCGUGAACGAAUGGUCGACUGCCUUGUGAUAGGACGAGAUUUGGUUCGUUUGCUCCAAAAUGUUGCCAGAAUACCAGAGUUCGAGGUACUGUGGAGGGACCUCUUGACUAACCCCAAGACCAUCUGCCCUAGCUUCACGGGAAUCCUCCAACUCUUGGAAACACGAACAUCGAGAAGAUUUCUACAGUCAAGAUUGACUCCAGACAUGGAGCGAAAGCUUGUUUUUCUGACGAGUCAAGUGAGAUUUGGCAAUCACAAGAGGUACCAAGACUGGUUUCAACGUCAAUACUUGGCAACACCAGAGUCCCAAUCCCUCAGAUGUGAUUUAAUUCGGUUUAUUGUUGGUGUCAUACAUCCCACAAAUGAACUACUUUGCUCGGACAUUAUUCCCAGAUGGGCAGUUAUUGGAUGGUUACUGACUACAUGCACAUCAACUGUGGCCACCAGUAAUGCCAAACUCGCCCUAUUCUACGACUGGUUGUUCUUUGAUCCUGACAAAGACAACAUUAUGAACAUUGAACCUGCCAUUCUCGUCAUGCACAAUUCAAUGAGGUCACAUCCUGCUGUCACUGCCACUCUUUUAGACUUUCUCUGCCGGAUAAUACCAAACUUUCAUCCAACGCUGACGGAGAAGGUUAGAAACGGAAUAUUUUCGUCACUGAAACAAAUACUUGAGAAACGAGUUUUACCAAGUUUGUAUCCACUUUUUGACAGUCCUAAGCUGGAUCGAGAGCUGAGGGCUAAAAUCAGGGAGACAUUCAAGGAAUUUUGUCUACCACCCAAUGCUGAUCCUGCAGCAGGUAAUAAGGUUCACCUAUAUUCAGGUAAAAUCGAUGAGCUGAAGGAUUUCGGGCCAGGGCUGAUGCUGGACAACAGUGUGGGCAUAAACGAUAAUAAUCACCUGGAUCAAGAGCACGAGGCAGCCUUCAGUGACGACGAGGAAGAGAUAAUGCCCCGAAUAACAAAAGUCGAUUCUGAGGACGACGACGAGGAUAUGCCCCUAUCAAAAGUUAAAUUGAAAAAAGACCAGAAGAACUCCAAUUGCAUCAAGAAGGAAGAUGAAUUGACAUCAUUACUCAAUGUAAUAAUUGAGCCUGAGGAACUGAAGAGAGCCAUCGAGAACUUGUACACAGAAACAGACAAUGAGUCUAAAUGCCAGAUAAUGGAGACCAUUGUUCAGAUGAUCAUUGAGGAUGACGUUGGGGCUGAUAUGAUAGCACCACUUGCCAUGUGUCUUUCUACGAUUCUCGAGUCACAGAUAACUGCCUCAAUAUUUCCAGCUGAUAGUUCCAAUGAUGAAGCUCUAACCGACACCAUAAGUACCCCAGUCUUCGUCAUGUUUCGUAAUUUUUGUCAAUUAUGCCAGGAGGAGGACAACAGGAAAAAGUUUAUAGGCCAUGUGCUGGCGGAGUUGCAGAAGAUUCAACCAAGAAUUGGCUAUCUCUUACUUUAUUUCCUCAAGGUAUGGGGACGAGAGGAGGAGAAACGCGAGGGAUUAGCUAGCAAUGUCACCAGUGAAGUUAAAGCAUCUGUUUAUAAAGACUUUUGCGCCCAGAGAGAUAAGAAGUUGGAGACAUGUCUGUUGACGGAUCUUAAGUUGUGUCAUGAAGACAGUGUCUUCCUUCUCUGCUACCUGCUCCCAGACGUAUUCACAGGGUUUCAGGGAAUAGCCCUGGGUAAUGCCCAACUCCUACACUUGGUAGUAUCAACCGUGGACUCUUGUCAACUCCAGGAGCUCGUUUGUCAGAUAAUGCAGGGACAGCUGAAGAUGUUGGAGAAGGAUUCAUUCAUGAAUCUUCUCACUGCUAGUUUAAACUGGGAGACCUUUGAACAGUACUGCUUCUGGCAAUUGACAUUUGCCCACGACUUUCCGAUCAAAUAUGUACUGCCUGUGUUACCAAAAUUGCAGUUUAGGGAUCAUGCUGAGGCACUCACUGCUAUUCUAUUUAUGCUCAAACAAGAAAGACCGACAUUAGAACUACUGAGACAACUAUUCACUCGUCAAAACACCGACGGCGACAUGUUUGUCGUAGCAGCUCUUCGCUACUGGUGUCGCGAUUACGAAGACAAACUCGGUGAACUGUUGGCUAAUUUAUUGAGCUCGAGGUACCCAGCAACGAGUCCCAAUAAGCGAAAACGCGCUGGUGCCAAACAGAAUCAACAGGCAACAAGUCCACCAACUGGUGAACAAGUCCUAGGUCAUCUGGAUCAGUUGAGACAGCACUGUCGUGCCUCUGCUGAUCUCCAAUUGUAUCAGACCGAGAAUAUGCAGAAAGCACUGCAGCAGGCACAAGCUGCCAGUACUGAUUCCUUGAGAAAGAGCUAUGGAGAUUUGUUUGCACUUGCUGAGGUGAAUGAGGAGAACGAAUCACCACCAAUUUCUAGCUCGAGGAAACACACGUCCUCGACAACUGGAGGAAAGGGAUACAAACGUGCGGGGGCUAGUACGAGAGAGAGAUCUGCUAAUAAACGACCACCACCGAGGGACAGGGGAACUGAGAGCAGUGAACAAAGUAGUGAGGACGAAUUGAUUACAAAACCAAAGCAAGCGAAGAAGAGAAAAAAGAUGAAUCCCGUGGGUUCGGACAGUGACUGACCAUCCCCUUCACCGUCGAUAAUUAAAACCAUAAAUCGUUUGAUAUCUGGGCAUCACAAACAACUUAAACUACCCCUCAGUGCACGUAAUUAAUGAGUGCACGCAAACAAGAAAAAAAAAAACCCAAGCGUGUAAUUCUGAUGUGAAAGUGAAAUCAAUGAAGAGGAACUAAGACUUUCCUCUCUCUAUUUAGCAGAUAAAUACGAAGUUAAUUAUUUUCGUUAGUAAUGACUAGAUCAUAUUUUUAUUUCUUAAAACCGUCUUGUACAUUCUUUUCCUUUCCACAUGUACAAUUAUGUGAAAAAAAUGGAUUGAGUGAAUGUCAAGGGAUUCUAAUUGUUUAUUAACUUGAACAUUGUUGUAACGAGUAAUAAAUAUUUUUUUUGUGAAUAAUUUAUCCCACAUUAUCUCGAAUUUUAUUGAUAAAACGAUAAAGUUGUCGAUUCGUUGUUCUUUUUACUCAAGCCAAUUAUUAAUUUUUUUCAUUAAUAAAAAGUUUAUCUUAUCAGUAAAAUGUAAAUUACCUGUAAAAUCGGUCUUUUAGGUGAACUAAAUGCCUGUACUAUGUAUUUGUAGACUGUACAUAUUCAUGAAAAAUGAAAAAAAGGGAGAGAAUGUGAGACAAAAUAAUGAGUCGAGUGUUUUGAAUAAUCAUUAAUGCGCCUUACAAGGUUUUCCCUAUUAAAUCCACGAGCUAAAACCCACAAAAAUGUUAAUUAAUAAUUGUGAAAGCAAAAUUGUUGAUUAAUUAAUUACAGGAGACUAUUGAUAUCGUAAUUCCCUUGGCACUGAGUCGAUCAAAUUUUUUAUAUUUGUAAAUACAUAUCGACGCUCUAUAAUUAGAGGACUGAGUGUGUAAAUGUCGAGAUAAUUAAAUUGACCAUUGUAAAAAUGAGUGGAUGGAGUACAAAUUGAAUGAAUAUUUAAAUUUUUGUUUAAAUCCUGUACACAGUUGACGUGUAAAUACAUGAAUUUUAGGGUAACAAGUAGCUCGUGAAUUCAUAAACAUUAGAUGUUUUUAACGAACCUUGUAUACAUCAAUUACACGCACUAAAUAUGUAAAUACUUAGUGGUUACCAAAAAUAAAAAUAAUGAAAUUAAAAACAUAA